CAUUAUUAAUCAGUUAUAAAAUAUAUUGCGAUUUUCAAAACAAUUCAGAUUAUCACCACUAUCCCUUUUUUAAUACCACAGUAAGUGAUUAUUACCAUUAUCAGAAAGUAAUCAACAACAGGGUGGUAACAGUAACACCCUUUUGUUUUUCCUAUAACAGGAUGUCCUGAAGUGUUUUAUUCCUCUUAUACCACAGCAAUUUGUCAGUGAUUCAAUUUUUUUUAAUUAAAGAACAACGCACCAUACAUUUUUAUCAGUUUAUAGUUACAUUGAAUGUUGUGGAACGAGGCAGAUUAGUUCCUGUUAUCAUUUACGUUAUAACAGAAUGUUCACACUAUAACAUUUACAUUAUAAUGCUUCCUCACAUGGACACACAUUGUCCUGGCAAAGCCCUCUCUCUUGAAGAUUUUUCUUUGGCAGAAAAGUUGCUGUUAUAAAGCACUGACACUGGGGAUUCCUUCCAAAAGUGUUACAUAAAUGUCUUCUUUCAGAAAGCUUCACAAUAUCAAAGUUUUCCAUUAUUAAAAAUGCAGUGCAUUUUUUAAUCCGUUUAUUAUUUAGCUUAGAUCACGUAGACCAUCCGACAUACUUCGUGAGUAAGUGGUUGCUAUAGAAACGAUAACGUAUUAGAAAGAGUGUAUUAAUUUAAACCUGUGAUUUGCAUUAUAGCCGGAAACUAUUGUCAGGGCUGCUGUUAUAGAAAAUUAACAAACAUCUUCUGACCAUUCAGAAUUGAGAAUUCAACGGCACUGUGAUCAGAAAGCUACUGCUAGCUACCUACUGUAUGUUAUUAUAGUUAUUGUUUAGUUACUUAUUAGUAGCUCACUAAUACUAUCAACUUGAACAUAACUGCAGUUUGAAUAAAAAGUUCCAGUGUGUUUCAUUUGUCUUGUAAAAACCCUGAGGGAGCUCUCAGCUCACACAGACACACUGUAGCAGGAGAGAAGAGUACACACACAGCACCCGUAUAGAUGUCCUUCCUGUUAUCGCUUUUCCGUCAGUGCCCAGUUCCCCUCUCUCCUCUUAAUUAUAGAGCUUCUAAAAGCAGCGCCAGGCUCGGCACGCUAAAUAAAGCCCAACGCCAGGAGAGCCUUCAGUCGAGUGGCUCAAACGAUGCUUAAUGGUGAAGUGUUUUGGGACCUGUGUGGUCGUGCUUCAUCAUGAACACACACACACACACACACACACACACAAACACACACACACACAGUCAUGUAUUACUAUCAUUGUGGGGGUAUUUCCAUAGCUUUGUGUAUCACUGUAGCAAAAAGAAUACCGUGCCUAUGCCUAACCUUAAAGAGGUUUUUGUGCCCAAAGUGCCGAAACCGACAUGGACUCCUAUUGUAUUGAGGCCCCCACAAAUACACACACACACACACACGCACACACAGCCCUGUCCCCCCACCCUGCCAUGCCUACUUUCUAAAAUAGCCAGUGUCAUUGUUGGGAGACAAUGAGCUCACUUCAUCUGGGUUCGUGUUGUCAUUAGCAUAAGUGAUUGCAUGCACUUGACCCAAUUGCAGGAUGGUGUGUGUUUGGUGUGUUUAGUGUAAUGUGUAUGAGUGUGUGUCUGUGUGUGUGAGCGGCGUGGUGAGCGUGCCAUGGCCAGAAGACACCAGAAAGAAUUUAUAUGUUUUAAUGACAGUUGUGACCUCGUAAGGACACUUGGCUCAUCCCUGUAAUGAAGAGUACUUUUUUGUUACAAGACAAAAGUAGCUUUUAUUUAAAAAAACAAGGUUAGGGUUAGGUUUAAGGUUAGGGUUAGGUUUAAGGUUAGGGUUAUGUGCAGCAUUAUGUAGUAAAGGUGUGAACCUCAGGCUUCUACACAAUAUGAUACGGUUUCGAUUCUUAAAUGAAUGAUUCGAUAUUUGACAACAUGCCUGAAUCUGCUAUGAUACGAUUUGAUUCAUAAAUGCAUGAUUCGAUAAUUGACAGUGAUAAUUUUUACACACCAGUUGUUUGUUCUUUUAUGGUAUUAUUAUUUCUUUCAUUGCCUUUUAAAUCAACGCAUCGAUCUGACUCGUCAGAGGAAGUGUAAGGUACCUAACAACGAAACCACUGUGUGUGUGUGUGUGUGUGUUGCAUGAGAUACUUUCACCUCUGGCUAGCAAAGUGAAGUGGAAGAGAGAGAAGAAAUACUGAGAGACACUAAUGACUGUUCACCACAAGUGCUUUGCAACCACAAAACUUUGGCCAACAGAGUCACAAAAAUAGCAGCGUGUAUUAGUAGUGUAAAGAAUUCCUGUUUCAGAGCAGUGCACCCGACUCACUGUUUAUCAUACGGCUGUGACAAAUCAUCAAUAGUGUGUGAUAGGUUCAAACAAACAAAUAAAUAAAUAAAUAAAUAAAUCAAAAUCUGGAUUCUCUGUAUAUGUGUGAUAACAAACAGGAGGUGUGGCCUCUGGCAGUCUCACUGGAGGAAGCCUGGCCAGUGCACCUGUCAGUCUUAGUUAGGGAGGUGUGGCUUCUGUUUGUGUCAGUUCUAAAGAAGGAGGCGUGGCCUCUGAAAGAGGUGUGGCUUCUCUGCCCAUCAGUCUCAAUGAAGGAGGCAUGGCCUCUGUUCCUGACAGUCCUUACUCACACUUUUAUUAAACACUAAACCCAAGUGCCAGUUGGAUUCUAUUACUUUUGAUCCACUUACUGUGAAACUCAUCUUUCCAUCGAGAUUAAAGAGGAAGACGUGGAACAUGAGAUUCAUCAGAAUCAGCGAUUUAGCCUCGGUGUCCUCGGGUCUGAGCUGCUGGUUCAUUCCCUUCAGCCAAGACAUGUGAAGGUUUUACACACAGCCCGUGUGCUUCAUACAUUUUUUAAUAGAGUGCUAAACAUCCAGUGUGCUGACGCCCCCACCCUACCCCACCCCAUCCCCUCCCCUGCUUCACGUGGGACCGUGGCUCUUCGGGCAGGUCAAAGGUCAUGCACAGAAUGGUGCCCAACAUGGCCGCGCUGCUGUGUCUGAGCAGCCUGCUGCUGUCUCCGCUGCUCGGUGGCUCGCUUGCCUUGUCUCCACCUAGGUUCACCAAAGUUCCUGUAGACAUGAUUGGCGUCUCUGGAGGAGUGGUGUCCUUCGUAUGCCAGGCAACAGGGGACCCAAAGCCAAGAGUGACCUGGAAUAAAAAAGGAAAGCGUGUCAACUCCCAACGCAUCGAGACCAUAGAAUUUGAUGAAGGUGCAGGAGCUGUGCUCCGUAUCCAGCCUUUGAGGGCUCCACGAGACGAGAACAUCUAUGAGUGUGUGGCAGAGAACAGCGAAGGCGAGGUCAGCGUCCAGGCCAAGCUGACUAUCAUCAGAGAGGACCUGCUUCCUCCAGGCUUCCCCAACAUUGACAUGGGUCCCCAACUGAAGGUGGUAGAACGCACCCGCACAGCCAACAUGCUCUGCGCUGCGAGCGGUAACCCUGACCCUGAGAUCACCUGGUUCAAAGACUUCCUGCCUAUUGAUCCCAGUACGAGUAAUGGGCGGAUCAAACAACUCAGAUCAGGGGCCUUGCAGAUCGAGAACACCGAGGAGACGGAUCAGGGGAAGUACGAGUGCGUAGCGACUAAUGUGGAAGGCGUGCGCUACUCUUCCCCUGCCAACUUGUAUGUGCGAGUCCGGCGCGUGCCCCCUCGUUUCUCCAUCCUGCCCACAAAUCACGAGAUCAUGCCAGGCGGCAGCAUCAACAUCACCUGCGUGGCAGUGGGCUCACCCAUGCCUUAUGUCAAGUGGAUGCUUAACUCGGAGGACCUGACACCGGAGGAUGACAUGCCAGUCGGACGGAACGUUCUGGAGCUGAACAGUGUGCAUGAGUCAGCCAACUAUACCUGCGUGGCCAUGAGCAGUCUGGGCAUCAUCGAGGCUGUAUCCCAAGUCAUUGUUAAAUCCCUGCCCAAGCCUCCAGGUACACCAGUCGUUACUGAAACUACAGCCACCAGCAUCACCAUUACGUGGGACAGUGGCAACCCUGAGCCUGUUUCCUAUUACAUUAUUCAGUACCGUGCCAAAAUCCCAGACAGCAAGUUCGAGACCAUGGACUCCAUCACCACCACUCGCUAUAGUAUCGGCGGCCUCUCACCCAACACUGAGUAUGAGAUCCGUGUCUCGGCCGUGAACACCAUCGGCCAGGGUCCAGCCAGCGAACCAGUGGAAGCCAGGACAGGGGAGCAGGCUCCUGCCAGUCCUCCCCGGAACAUCCAGGCCAGGAUCAUCUCCCACAGCACAAUGAUGGUGCGCUGGGAAGAGCCAGAGGAGCCCAAUGGCCAAAUCAAGGGCUACCGUGUUUACUACACCAUGGACCCGUCUCAGCCUAUGAGCAUGUGGCAGAUCCACAAUGUGCAAGACAGCAUGAUCACGACAAUUCAGAACCUUGUAGCCUCCGAGACCUACACUAUCCGUGUAUUGGCUUUUACUUCAGUAGGCGACGGACCAUUUUCAGAUUCCAUUCACGUCAAAGUGCUGCAAGGAGUUCCUGGACAGCCAUCCAAGUUUCAGAUAGGCGAGGUGUCGGACACCAGCAUCGAGCUGACCUGGGAGCCAGCAUUCGACAAAGAGGGGAUCAUUAGCUAUGAGCUUCGUUAUAGAGAAGGCAGUCAAGGGAGUCAGGUCACAAAAUCAUUCAGCCCGACCUCGUCCUAUGUGGUGGAGGGUCUGCGAGCGAACACAGAGUAUUACUUCUCCCUGGCGGCUGUUUCAAACAAAGGCAUUGGUGCCUUCACCAACGAAAUCUCUCAGAAGACAUCACAAGCCAAGCCUUCCGCCCCCCCUCAGGAGGUUAAAUGCUCCAGCCCUAGCUCCACGUCUCUGCUGGUAAGUUGGCACCCCCCGCAUUCUGAGAGCCAGAAUGGCCCGCUGGUCGGGUACAUAGUGCGCUAUGCAGUGGCGGGGGGCGGAGCUGGGGUCGGGGUCGGAGCUGAGACCACGGAUGAGCUGCAGGCACCAGCCACCUCCACCGAGAUAACGCUGCAGCGACUGGAAAAGUGGACGCCGUACCGUGUGAGCGUGGCUGCAGCCACCGCUGUGGGCCCGGGACCGGAGAGUGUAGCACUCACGUGCCGCACUGACGAGGACGUUCCUGGUGCACCCCCUCGACGGGUGGAGGUGGAGGUGAUCAACUCCACUGCACUGAAGGUGAUGUGGCGCUCGCUGUUGCCCGGGCGACAGCACGGCCAGAUCCGUGGUUACCAGGUGCACUAUGUACGGGUGGAGAACGGCGAAGCACGUGGGCUCCCGCUCAUCAAGGAUGUAAUGUUGGCUGACGCCCAGUGGGAAACGGACGAUACGGCUGAAUACGAGAUGGUGAUCGGGGGCCUGCAGCCGGACACCACCUACUCCAUCACAGUGGCAGCCUACACCACCAAAGGCGAUGGAGCACGCAGCAAACCCAAACUGGUGGUGACCAAGGGAGCAGUGCCAGGCCCUCCCUCCCUCUGGGUCCAUCAGGACUCGGAGAGCUCAGCUGUGGUACGUUGGCUCCCUCCUGAGCUUCUUGCCCCGGGUCUGGAGCUCCUUGGUUAUCGCCUCCAGUUUGGCCGUAAAGAUGUCCCACCACUGGCGACGCUGGAGUUUGCACCAUAUGAGCAUGAGUUCUCUGUGUCUAACAUGCACCGGGGUGCCACCUACAUCUUCAAGAUUUCAGCCAAGUCGCGUUCUGGUUUCGGCGAGGAGGCCAAACAGGAGCUGAGCCUUGACGAAGAGGCGCCACACGGCUACCCACAGAUCAGCGACACUUCCAAUAUCACCUGCUGCUCAGUGCACCUCUCCUGGCUGCCUCCGGUUCUAGCCGAGCGCAACGGCGCUAUCACGGAGUACACGCUUGCGUACCAGGAAGCAGGCACAGCCAGCAUGCCUGUAGAGCUGCAUCUGCCAGCCACCGAGCACAGCUACACAUUGAACAGCCUCAAACCGGACUCUGUUUAUGACGUGAAAAUUCGUGCUCACACCAGCGUAGGUCCCGGGCCCUACAGCCCGACCGUCCAGUAUCGCACAGUGGCCCUCGUCACAGAUGUUCCUAAAAACUUCACAGUUAAGUUGGUCACCAAGACAACAGUGUUGCUGGCGUGGAAGUUUUCUGACAGCCGCUUCCCAUACCGCUGCAUGAUCGAAUACAACCGCCAGAAAGUGGACAUAGAUGCCCGCAUGACCAAAGCUCUCAUCACCAACCUGAGAGCCAACAGCACCUACGAGUUCCGCAUCACAUGCCUGGACAGCGGCGACGGAGGCCCCAGACACCGGCUUGUGGCUCGCACCGCUCCCUCCAUCCUCACCAACAAACCAGAGCUGGACGUGAAGAGAGAACCGGACAACACCGUCACCAUCAUCCUCCCUCAGCUUGAGACCAGGGACAUGAUCAAGUCUGUCUAUGUGGUAGUAGUUCCUCUGAAGAAAGGAAGAGGGCCGAUAAGACACAUCAAGAGCCCUGAUGAAAUGGAUCUGGAGGAGCUGUUGAGGGACGGGAAUGUGAAGCAGAGACACACACGGACAACCCGACAGCUGCGCCAGGUAGACGUGAAGAAGCCGUACAUCGCCGCCAGCUUCAAACCCAACUCUGUGCCCCCAACCUUCACACUGGGCAACCAGAUGGUCUACAACGGCUAUGAGAACCGCGCUCUGGAGCCGGGACAGGACUACGUCUUCUUCAUCCUGGCUGAGCUCAACUCCACCAGUGCGAAAAUGUUUGUGGCCACCCCUUACUCUGACCCCAUCAUGGCCCCCGAUGUGGACCCCCAACCCGUGGAGACGGGUGGAGACGGCCUCAUCUGGGUAGUGGGACCCGUCCUGGCCGUGGUCUUCAUCAUCUGCAUCGUCAUCGCCAUUCUGCUCUAUAAAAACAGCAAAAGGAAGGAAUCAGAGCCACGCACCAAAUGUCUGCUCAACAACGCUGAGAUCACACCACACCAUCCCACCGACCCUGUGGAGAUGAGACGCAUCAACUUCCAGACUCCAGAUUCGGGUCUGAGCAGCCCUCUAAGCGAAGCCACUUUUGACUAUGAAAGAAUGAUGAACCAUCCACCCAUCCCCAUCACAGAGCUGGCAGAACACACCGAGCUGCUCAAAGCCAACGACAACCUGAAACUCUCGCAGGAAUACGAGUCCAUCGAUCCAGGACAGCAGUUCACCUGGGAGCACUCCAACCUGGAGGUCAACAAACCCAAGAACCGCUACGCCAACGUCAUCGCCUAUGACCACUCCCGUGUCAUUCUGGCUCCAAUUGAAGGCAUCGCUGGCAGCGACUACAUCAACGCUAACUACAUCGACGGCUACAGGAAGCAGAACGCCUACAUCGCCACACAAGGCCCGCUGCCAGAGACAUUCGGAGAUUUCUGGAGGAUGGUGUGGGAGCAGAGAGCAGCUACCGUCGUCAUGAUGACUCGGUUAGAGGAGAAGUCACGGAUUAAGUGUGAUCAGUACUGGCCGAGCCGAGGGACAGAGACGUACGGCAUGACCCAGGUCACCCUGCUGGACACCAUCGAGCUGGCCACCUUCUGCGUACGCACCUUCUCCUUACACAAGAAUGGUUCUAGUGAAAAGCGUGAGGUACGUCAGUUCCAGUUCACAGCAUGGCCGGAUCAUGGCGUGCCCGAGUACCCGACGCCCUUCUUGGCAUUCCUGAGGCGGGUAAAGACCUGCAACCCACCUGACGCAGGGCCCAUCAUCGCCCAUUGCAGCGCUGGUGUGGGUCGCACCGGCUGCUUCAUCGUCAUCGACGCCAUGCUGGAGCGCAUCAAACACGAGAAGACGGUGGACAUCUACGGUCACGUGACGCUGAUGCGCGCCCAGAGGAACUACAUGGUGCAGACGGAGGAUCAGUACAGCUUCAUCCACGACGCCCUGCUGGAGGCGGUCGCCUGCGGCAACACGGAGGUCCCUGCCCGCAGCCUCUUCUCCUACAUCCAGAAACUGGCUCAGGUGGAGGCCGGAGAGCACGUCACUGGAAUGGAGCUGGAGUUCAAGAGACUGGCCAACUCCAAGGCCCAUACGUCUAGGUUUAUAAGUGCCAACCUGCCCUGUAACAAAUUUAAGAACCGUCUGGUGAACAUCAUGCCGUAUGAGACUACCCGAGUGUGCCUUCAGCCAAUCAGAGGGCUAGAGGGCUCCGACUACAUCAACGCCAGCUUCAUCGACGGAUACAGGCAGCAGAAGGCCUACAUAGCCACCCAGGGCCCAUUAGCUGAGACUACGGAGGACUUCUGGCGCAUGCUGUGGGAGAACAACUCCACCAUCGUGGUGAUGCUCACAAAGCUGAGGGAGAUGGGCAGAGAAAAGUGCCAUCAGUACUGGCCAGCAGAGCGCUCUGCUCGCUAUCAGUACUUUGUGGUGGACCCCAUGGCUGAGUACAACAUGCCCCAGUACAUCCUCCGAGAGUUUAAAGUCACAGACGCAAGGGAUGGACAGUCUCGGACUGUGCGGCAGUUCCAGUUCACUGAUUGGCCAGAGCAGGGAGUCCCCAAAUCCGGCGAAGGUUUCAUCGACUUCAUCGGCCAAGUGCAUAAAACCAAGGAGCAGUUUGGCCAGGACGGUCCCAUCUCUGUCCACUGCAGUGCUGGUGUGGGGCGGACCGGAGUCUUCAUCACGCUCAGUAUCGUGCUGGAGCGGAUGCGCUACGAGGGCGUAGUGGACAUCUUCCAGACGGUCAAAAUGCUGAGAACCCAGCGGCCAGCCAUGGUGCAGACCGAGGACGAGUACCAGUUUUGCUACCAGGCAGCUCUUGAGUACCUAGGAAGCUUUGAUCACUAUGCAACGUAAAAAGCCAUCUCCUUCCCCCCUGCCCAGCGCCCCCUCUACAGCCUCCUGAGCCAUAGGAACCUGCUUGAAUCAAUUGAAACAGUGACAACUAUACAAAAAAAAAAACAUCCAACAUAAGAAAAAAAAAAAAAAAAGAAAUAAACCCUGUUGUGAAAUAAAAACAAAACUACAGUGUGCAUUUGGCAACGGAUUCCAGAACCAUCAUCAAAAAAGUGCGAUCCUAAUUAGACAGAGCCCAUGCCGAGGCAGAUGGAAGGAUCCGCUCAGAAACCAACUCCCUGUACGUCCUCAAUCAUGAGACAGAACCAAAAGUAUUGGCUCAGGCCGCGGGGUGGGAAUGAUCUAUAAGUCGGACCGCUUACUUUACCUCAAGUGUUCUGAUAUGGAGAAUAUUAUUAAUCUAUCUGUGGAAGUAUAUCUCCAAACCAAUCCUGUAAAGAUACAACAAAAAAAAUCAGCGAGUGAAGGAGGAGCUAAAGUUCUGCACACGCCCACACGUGUGUGUUUCAGCGAAUGAUCGAAGUGGAGGUGAUCACACUGAGACUGAUUGGUGAGGUGAUUGAGCUGAGAUCCUUCAGUGUUUACAGUGGGCACUUGCCAAUUCCGGAUGUUUCUUCACAUGGUGAUGGCAGCAGAAGGUGUUUCAGGGGCUGUGUUAGUGAAGUAGGCAGGAUUUUUAUCUACAGUCUCUACAAUCUCUACAGUCUCAUCCAUUUCAACACAUCAAGGCAACUCGUGUUCAUCUUAUAGAAAGCGCUAAUUCUCCAGAAGUCGUUUCGGUGCUUUUUGGGACAAGCUAGCCAAUAUCUUCACAACAUGCCAAUGUAGCUUCGUCUUGAAACCGUAUGGAGGCGACUGGAGCGUGACCCUGACAGUAUCUCCAGCCAGGAAAGUGAAGACCAAACGAUUCUCCACUGAGUUUUCUCUGGAUUGUAGUAUACGUUAUCUUUGACUGGUUUUCCCACUGCCAUGUGCCGUGUGGUUCAGAACCUGGUAGACAUGGACCACCACCACCACACGUGGAAUCAUGGGAUUGGUACUCCAAUGACCAACAUUCACCACGAUUCAUUACCUUGAAUCUGGAAAGGCUUUUCCUUAGACGAGAAAGACGCACUCUAGUCUUGUGUGACCAACCCAACAACAUGAACAACAAUGAAAGAUCUCAGACGUUCCUGACAGCAGUCUACACCACGACGACUGCUCUCAGGGCUCCCUGAACACUUUUAAGGCCCGUCAUUUCAUCACGGCUUCACUGACCAAUCGCGAUAAAUCUGCAUACGUAAACAACAUCGACAAACAGAAAAACGGAGGUACGACUUAACGUGCGCAUCUCAGAACUUUUAAUUAAGACUUAAACAUAUAUGUGUGUGACAGGAAGAGAGGAAACUUCUCUUCCGUCACUCUCUGCAUAGGUCAAAAUGGUGUGUGUGUGUGUGUGUGUGUGUGUGUGUGUGUGUGUGUGUGUGUGUGUACGUACGUACUGGAGAAUGCUUGAACGGCGGAGCUUUCAGAUUAGUGUGCAACGGAAGAUACUGAUUGCGCUGUGGAAGGAGCCGUGUGUAGUCUUUUCUUAUUUCCAAAAAAGCCUUAUCGUUGUUGUAACAUUAUACAAAAUGACAUUGUUGUAUUAUUAUUACAAUUAACAUAAUUUCACUUUAAUUUUAUCUGUUUAGUUUUGUAACAUACAGAUACUGUACUCAUUUUUAGGAGGAGAAAAAGAGCUGGUUUUGUUCAUAUUAUGUUAAAAGACAUUCUAUUUUUUCACUAUAGAAUUGUGGAAUGUGGUUGUGUGUGUAUAUUUAUGCACACACACUAACAUACACAGUAUAUUUAAAUGCAAAAUACAAAGAUGUAUCCAAAUCUUAGUAUGGUUAGUAUUUUUCCUGUAUUUUUAUUUCACUCAUGAACAUGUAUUCAUUUGUAUGAAGUUUUUUUUUUUUUUUUAUCAUGAUUUGGAGAAAUGCAGCUUGGCCUCGUUCUUUUGCUCAGAAAGGUAUGAACUCGUAGAUUUGACCUUUAUUCUUAUUAUCAUUAUUAGUAGUGUGUAGUAUGAGGUAAAAGUAUUAAAUUUUAUUUUUUUUUGUUUUUAAAAAAGGAGUAGGAUUUCUUAACAUUGACUUGAACAUUAACUUUUUAUUUCUACAUUUUUAAUAUUCAUGAACUAUACCCAAUGUUUCACCUCUCUUGUGAAAAUUUCAUUUUUACAAUUUUUUUAUUUUACAUUAUCGUUGUUUUUUUACUUUUGAAAUCACAAGACUGAUCAUCGGCUUGUUAUGUAUGGAUCCUGAAUAUGACAUGUAAAUAAACAAAUCUAGAUUAUAUGUAUUUGUAUAAUUUGACCCACAUGUUUUCUGUCUGAAUAAUUAUGAAUUUUAAAAUGAAAAAAAAAACAAGCUGUCCAGCUUUCUCUGAGGAACUUGGUGUUGUAGUAACAACCUUCUCCACCUCUGAUCCCUUCACUUUCACUCUUUUUUUUUUUUAUAUUUAAAAUAUUUUUCUUUUUUUCCAGACGAGCUCUGACUGUCCACCCCAGUGAGCUCAGCAGUCAUGAGGUUUCUUUUUUGCUCGUAUGUAACUGCUUGAAGCUGAUUCUACAUUGCAUUAACAGUUUUCUGUUCCCCUUUGAAUAAAAUAAAUUAUGUUUGGAUAAUGAACCUGGGAAGGGCUCGUGUGCUUGGUGCAUACACUCGAACAUGACAUAAUGGAGUGACUGCACAAAUUCGCCUUGAACGAAUGUGAAUUCACUGGUGUGUGGAAUCACAUCACAGCCAGUGCGAUGGGUUUAGUGGGACUCGUCUCUCAGCACUGCCCAUUUACUUCAUUCUUCCAUUUUAACCACUGCAGGCUGAAUUACAGAGCUUUCAGUUUGUGCACGUGCAUACUAUUAUGUUUUUAUUUUUUAUUCUUUUUCCCGGAAAUCAUUCUUUCUUGCUAAAGUUUGGAAGGAGAGAGAAUUCUGGAAUCUGGAAAUUCCAGCGCUGCCUUGGGAACUGGAGUUCGACUUGUUUCUCCACAAGAUGCUCUUCUAUACGAACUGAUACACUUAUCUCUGGAGCUCCUAAUAAAAAUGGCGGAAAUCUUGGACGCUUAAGGAAUGUUAGGACUUUUUGACCUAGUGUUCGGAUCCCUGAUCUCUGAUGACAUCGGCCAAACGUCUGACAUGAGAAGUCAGAUUGAUUAGGGAAAAUACCGACUCCGACUCCACUAAACAUAUAAAAGCGAGCGUAUUGACAAAAAAAAAGAAACAAAAAAAAAGAAGAAAAGCCAAAAUUCAAAAGUGAAAAUGUUUGUCUUUGUACGAAAGCCAAGUGAUACUGCUUUCAAACUGUUACUUCUAACGGAAACAAUAAUUGGUUUAAAAACCACUGUGUAUGUAGAUAUGUUGACUUUGUAUUAAAGAAAUGUUGUCUGAG